CAGAAGGCCAGCGCACUUCUCUGGCCGCGCCCCGCACCUCGUCAGUCGGGCCGCGGGAACAGCCAAGAGCCGGACAACCAAGAGACACUCCAGAAGCGCCUCCUCUCGCGUGCGAUGAUUGGAGCCCACCGGUGCUCAGCGGAGCCAAGGCUCAGCCCUUCCGGGGGACGGCGCCCGUCUGCGCGCGGCGCCUAUUGGCCGCAUCGCUGGGCUCCGCGCCUUCUUCCGCCGUCCCACGGUUACCGCGGCAACGGCGCCAUCGGCGGCGCGGGGAGCGCGGGCCCGGCGGCAGGAUGAUGCUCUCCCGGGCCAAGCCGGCUGUGGGAAGCACCCCGCCGCAGGGAGACAGACGGAGGAGGAAAGGGAAGAAGGUGCCCCAGCUGGAGGAGCUGCUGGCCGGGAGGGACUUCACCGGCGCCAUCGCCUUGCUGGAGUUUCAGCGACACGCGGGUGAGCAGCAGGAGGAUGCUGAGCUCUGGAUCGGGUACUCUGCCUUCCAUCUGGGUGACUACAAGAGAGCUCUGGAGGAAUAUGAGGCCUUGACCAAACAACCAUCUUGCAAUCCUGAUGUUUGGGUGAACCUUGCGUGUACCUACUUCUUUCUGGGAAUGUAUACACAAGCUGAACAGGCAGCCUUGAAAGCACCUAAGAGUCGUCUUCAGAACCGUUUACUCUUUCACCUGGCACAUAAGUUCAGUGAUGAGAAGAAACUGAUGAGCUCUCACCAAAAUCUGCAAGACAUUACAGAGGAUCAGCUUAGCUUGGCAUCUAUCCACUACAUGCGGUCCCACUACCAAGAAGCUAUUGAUAUCUACAAAUGCAUUCUUCUUGAAAAUCGGGAGUACUUGGCUCUGAAUGUGUAUGUGGCUCUAUGCUAUUAUAAACUGGAUUACUAUGAUGUAUCACAAGAAGUGCUAGCUGUUUAUCUUCAGCAAGUUCCUGACAGCACCAUUGCUCUUAACCUCAAGGCUUGUAACCAUUUCCGACUGUACAACGGAAAGGCUGCUGAGGCAGAACUCAAGAACUUGACGGACAGUGCCUCAUCAUCUUUUGAGUUUGGGAAGGAGCUCAUUAAACAUAAUCUGGUGGUGUUCCGAGGGGGAGAAGGAGCUUUGCAGGUGCUGCCUCCUCUGGUUGAUGUUAUUCCUGAGGCAAGACUGAACCUUGUGAUUUACUAUCUGCGGCAAGAUGAUGUGCAGGAAGCUUAUAACCUGAUUAAAGACUUGGAACCUACAGCUCCACAGGAGUAUAUCCUCAAAGGAGUGGUAAAUGCAGCUCUUGGACAAGAAAUGGAUUCGAGAGAUCAUCUGAAAAUUGCUCAGCAGUUCUUCCAGUUGGUGGGUGAAUCAGCCAGUGAAUGUGAUACCAUUCCAGGGAGACAGUGCAUGGCCUCCUGCUUCUUUCUUCUUAGACAGUUUGCUAAUGUCCUGAUUUACCUCAACUCAGUCAAGAGUUACUUUUACAAUGAUGACACUUUUAACUUCAACUACGCCCAAGCCAAAGCUUCCAUGGGCCUUUUUAGUGAAGCUGAAGAGGUGUUCCUUUUGAUCCAGAGUGAGAAGAUAAAGAAUGAUUUUGUUUACCUUAGCUGGCUGGCUCGCUGCUAUAUUAUGAAUAAGAAACCACAGUUGGCCUGGAAGCUCUAUCUGAAGAUGGAGACCUCAGCAGAAUCCUUUAACCUAUUGCAGCUCAUUGCAAAUGAUUGCUACAAAAUGCGUCAGUUUUACUACGCAGCCAAAGCAUUUGAUGUGCUGGAGAGACUGGACAGUAAUCCUGAAUACUGGGAAGGCAAGAGAGGUGCUUGUGUUGGUGUCUUUCAAAUGAUCUUAGCUGGCCGAGAAGCAAAAGAGACUCUGCGGGAAGUACUGCAUCUCCUGAGAAGCACUGGUAAUUCUCAAGUGGAAUACAUUAUCCGCAUCAUGAAAAAGUGGGCCAAGGAGAACCGAGUCCCUGUCUAAGCCAGUGCCACAAAGUGAGCAGGGACCUUCAGACAUGAAGCAGGUUGACCAAGCUGAACAACAGUGUCGUUCAAUGAGACUGCAAAACAGCCAGCAAUUUGGGGUUUUACUUUGUUUGGUUUUGUAUUGGAUUUUUUUGUUUGUUUGUUUCUUGUUUUUGUUCAUUAAACCAUUAUUACUGAUGUUUUGUUCUAUGUAAAGAGUUCUAUAUACUACCAGCUUAGGGAAAAAAUACAUUCUGAACACUGUCCUUUUCUGAUAAAUUGUCUCUUAUAUCUGAGCUGUUAAAGAGCUUUUAUCUCUCUUAACACUAAAUCUGAAGAUAAGGGUUAAUCAGUCCCAAAUGCUGAGAUUCAAAUUAGCUUAUGUGCUCUCUAGGUUAGUAACAAAGCAUGAUGAUAGCAUCAAUUUCAGUGCAUGGAGGUUUGACUGACUUGAGUGUUUAAUCUUGCUUUGUUGAUGUUCAAAAGAACCAGAGCUGAAUCUUUAGAAUAAUUUUCUUCAGCUGUUACUACCCUAGUUGCAAGUAAAUUUAUUAUACUUUUGAGGUAAUUACUCUAAUGUGUUCUGAGGAGAACAAUUCUGGACACGAUUCUAAAAGAAGACAAUAGCUGUAACACAGAAAUGUAUUAUAUGGUUUGCAGUGGAAAACAUUUGUAUAUUAUUUGUAAAAGUAAAAUUUACAAUUUGUAAAUUUGUAAAAUACUUUUGAAGUAUUUUUGUAUCUUUUUUUUUGGAGGGAGGGGAGUCUGGAUGUGGUAUUCACUGCUGUCUGUGCUUUGAUUAAAGCUCUUAAUUGAAUUUACA